CCCUUCCCUCCCUCACAGAGGCUAAAAGGUCCCACUGGACAAUCCCUCUAUCCCCGUCUGUGCUUUACAAUCCCCCAGUUAGCAUUGAUGCCCACCUACGUUUGAAGAAUCUAAGCAUCUUUGGUCUGUACUCACAUCCCACAUCAUCUCACACCUAUGUCUUUGCGACAGGUGGAGAGAGGUGGCAAGCAGCUGAGUUGACUUUACCAGCGUAGUGCACAGUUUGGUAAAGACCAGCAGAGUCCAGAUUUGCGUUUAAAGCGGCUGUUUUUCAGCUGACACUAAAACAGGAGUUUUUUUUUUUUAGUUGUUUUAGCUGUUUCAUGAAGGACUGAAAAGGUAAAUUACCUUUUCUUGAAUCACCAACACUUCUCUUCUCUUGGCUAAGAUCUUCAAGCAGACAUCAUGUGGGAGUUUCGGUCGAUGAAUUUUUGGCGGGCGGUCUUCGCUGAGUUCUUCGGGACCAUGUUCUUUGUAUUUUUCGGCAUGGGUGCAGCCUUGCGCUGGACCACCGGGCCUUAUCACGUCCUUCAUGUGGCCCUGUGCUUCGGUCUGGCGGCCGCCACCUUCAUCCAAUCCAUUGGCCACAUCAGCGGCGGCCACAUCAACCCCGCGGUGACCUUUGCCUACCUCGUCAGCUCACAGAUGUCGUUUUUCCGUGCCUUUUUUUACAUCUUCGCGCAGUGCCUGGGCGCCGUGGCGGGAGCUGCAGUGCUGUACGGGGUCACGCCUGGGAACAUGAGAGGCAACAUGGCAAUGAACAUGCUGCAGCCUGGCAUGAGCCUGGGGAUGGCCACCACAGUGGAGGUGUUUCUCACCUUCCAGCUUGUUGUCUGCGUCUUUGCUGUGACCGAUGAGAGGAGAAAUGGCCGCCUGGGGUCAGCAGCCCUCUCCAUCGGCUUCUCUGUCACUAUCGGGCAUCUCAUGGGGAUGUACUACACCGGUGCUGGAAUGAACCCUGCCAGAUCUUUUGCCCCGGCAGUGCUCUUCAGAAACUUUAUCAACCACUGGGUUUACUGGGUUGGGCCUAUGAUCGGCGGUGCCAUGGGUGCCAUCUUUUACGAUUUCAUGCUGUUCCCCCGUAUGAGAGGUCUCUCAGAACGCCUGGCCACACUGAAGGGAAGCCGACCCCCCCAGAGCGACACUCAGCAGGACACUCGAGGGGAACCCAUCGAGCUCAAAACACAAUCCUUAUAAGCUGACCCCGGUCCCCGUUUCCCCGAUUUUGGGGACGAGGGGGACGAGGGACAAAUCCCUGAGCUACGCUGACCCCCACCCACCUCAACUGUUCCCUCUCGACCUCAUGCCUUCACACGCUCCUCUGUACCAGACUAACCCAAAAUGUUCUCACGUAUCCUAAAAUGUAGGUUCACCACCUUCAACCUCAGCGCACGAGACUCCUCAAAGCCCCCCCCUCCCCCACAUAGUUCUCUUUCUGCACUUCCACCUGGACAUUGUGCUUUUCAAAGCCUGCACUAUUCACUGUCUCGACUCUCCACCGCCGUCUAAGAUGCAGAAGCGUGAGGAAAGCCUCGCAUCAAACCGAGCGGUGAGGGGAAAAAGGUGUUAGAAAGUGGGAGACGGGAGCAGGAUGAAGGUGAGAGGGAGUGAUAGAGAUGGGAGUAAAGCGGGAACUGGGUUUGGAUAUGACAGAGACGGGAACGCUGUUACUUUUAGGUUGCGUUAGACCAGUAAAGAUGGGCUUGCUUUUCAGUAUUCAUCCGAGCUUAUCUCUCUUUUUUUUUGUCUUUGUUUCCUGCACUUCAGACACAAGAUGUGGAUGUAAAAAAAAACAAAAAACGUUUGAUUUUAACAGGGUUUCAAUCAUUUCAAUCACCACAUUUUAUCUGUAGGUGUGUGUGUGUGUUUUAGAGAGAAAGAGAGUAAAAGAGAUUGAGAGCGAGAGAGAGAGUGUGUAUGUGUGUGUGCAUGUGUUUGGAGGUGAGUGUGUGUACAUGUGCUUACUUGUGUGAUCAAGUUUGCAGAUCCAGUUGUUCUUAAUUUUAUUUUCAUAACCGCUCAUCUGUUUCGUACCAUUUACUGUGUUAGGUUUGUCAUGCCAUGAUCAUUUCUCCUCCCUCACCCUGUUUGCUGUCUCAGUUAUUUGCUAUUUUAUUAAUUUUUACAUAAAUCAUCUGCUUUUUCUUUUUGUUCUGAACCAGAAUAAUCCACAACAGAUGUUGUAUCCCAGGCAUUUGAUCUUCUUUUAGUUAUCUGAUUCGUACUGGGAGCACACGGUGUUUCAAUUAAAAAAAAAAAAAAAAACAUAAAAAAUCUAAACUUUACACAAAUUUUGGCUCAUUUUUUUCUUUUUUUUUAACCUGCAUCUUUUAAGCAUUUGAAGUACAUUUCAAAACAGUGUGAAAAUAAAACUUCAAUGUAUUUUAUGUGACAGACAAAAUAGUUCAUAAUUGUGAAGUGGAAGGAAAACGAGACCUGGUUUAUUAAUUUUUCUACAAAUAAGAAUCUGAAAAGUUUUCAUUUGUAAUCACCUCCCUUUACCAAAAUACACAGAGGAAACAGAAACCAGAUGUCCCUGGAUGCCACACUGCGAAAAGAAAUAUUUACUUUAGCUGAAAAUAGUGCAAAAAUGUGCAUUAUGUUUGGUUUAAUGAGCUCUAGUCACCUUUGUGCUGGUCAGAGAGACUCAAAACCUGGCUUAGACAAAAGCCAAGAGCUUUCCCUUUAUGAUGAUACCAAACCUCUUGAACAAUACCAGAGAUGUUUGGUAUCGUACCAUGAGCCAAAACCGGACAUACACCGGACCGGCCUCAAAAAACAGAAUUUAUCCAAAGAGGUUUCGAAUUUCAUGAGGUGAUAACUAUGACUAAGCUUCCACUUUGGAAACGCUGUCAUACCAAAACUAUUCAUCGAGAAACAUGUCAUUUAAAAAAAAAUAAAAAUAUGGAACAUAGGCCAUGUUUCCUUUCCCUUUUUCUGUAUAGUUAUUCGCCGCUUUGUUGGUUUUUCACUUUAAUUUGUGUACAAACCAAAAUAAUAAAGACAUCAUGAAUGUU